AUGAGGUUCAGCCCAGAUCACGAUCAAAUUAUUAGAAAAUUUAUGGACAAUAAUAAAUCCGUUAAACAUCCAUUUUCAAUAUUAAGUAAAAAGGAAUCGAUUCCUUUUACCUCCAAACAAUUAGCUAAUCGUUGGUGGAGCAUACUUGAUCCUCGUCUUUGCAAGGACGCUUUCUCACAAGAAGAGAAGGAUUUUAUUUAUAAAUGGGUUCCGGAACAUACACAACCAGAACAGAAUAUUCAAUGGAAAGCUUUACAGCCUGUAAUGGAAGCCGAGUUCGGUAAAUUUCGUUCGCGCAAUGAUCUAAAAAACAUUUGGAAUUGUAAGAAAAGACAAAACGAUCGAGCUAAUCAAGUAGGCGAUUCUAAUUCUAUUCUUCCCGAUGACGAGCAUGAAUCCGGCGAGGAGGAAGGCGAUGAAUUAUACAGCGAUUAUGAAAUUGAUAUCGAAGCUGGUGAUAAUAUUGCUGUAAUCGAAGCUGAAGCCGGUGCUUCCAAUAAAGCUUCUAUUGAUUAUAUGUUAAAUAAAAAUUAA